AUGGCUGAAGUUGGCAGAGAAUACAAAUAAUAGUCAAAGGAGCGAAGGAAAAACCUCAAAAAGCUUAUAAAUUAGACUUAGAAUCCAGAACUAGUAGAGUUACCCAAGGAAAAUAAGCAAUACAUGAAGAUAAUACCUGAAAAAAGAUACAGAGACUAGGACAAGAGUUAAAUGGACCUGGCUGAAGAGAUAUUCAAACAUACUAGGGACAAGUCUUUUGAAAAUCAAGCUAAGCUCGGUACAUUAUAUGACAAAAGCCCAGGCAGGUUCAACACUGAUUCGGAUGUAGUUCAUGAAAUCCUCAAAAAUGAUAUUACACUGCCUAUUGGCUAUAAGCCGCCUAAGAACUAAUUCAGAAGUAUCUCAACAAUCAGAUCUAAUAAUAAAUAAUUAGAGAAUUAGGUUGCAGUUUCAAGUUCUUUGCAGAGAGAUGUUUACAUAGUCCCAGGUAGUAAAAUGGAGGAGGGAUUGAUUAAGGACUUGAAAAAGUUAUCGACUACUACAAACGGUUUCGGAACUUAUAAGAAACUUGGUUGGAAGAGUACUUUUAUCAAGUUCAAGGAAAGAUAGGAGUUGCUUGAUAGGGAAAAGUAGACUAUCAUUCAAAAAAUAUUGGCCUAACAGCAAGAAAGAGAUUAGGAUAAAAUAAGGCAAGAAAUGAGAAAGGAAUAACUCAGGCAAGAUAUUCUGAGGAGGAGGGAAUAGGAGAUACAGUAAAAGUAGCAAUAGUUAAAUUAAGAGGCGAUUGAUGAAGAGAAUGAAAGUGAAUUUGAAUCUGAUUUUAAUCAAAACAGUGGGCCUUAGCUAAAUAUCAAUAACAGAGAAAGUGAAUUACAAAAUGGGAGCGACAGAAAAGAAAGUAAAAUUGAGCGGUUGGGUGAUGAUGUGAUAAAUAAAGAGUUUAUAAACAUGCAAAGCGAAAUACAGCUAUAAACUUAAAAUGAAUAGAGUAACAUAUUCGACCAUCUAAACAUAUCUGACAUAAAUUUACGCCAAACACUAAUAAAUGGAGAUGUAAGUUAAAGAAGUUUUUUAAGCAACAAAAAUGCUUACUAUCAAAACUUUAAGAAUAAUGCAAAUCGAUCAGUAAUGAAAAUGACAAGAAUCAAUCUGAAGCAGGCUAAUAAUACUCAAAAUCUAAACAGCUUGUCAAUCAAUAAUUCCUAAGCUGACAUCACUCCAGGCCAUUAGUAAACUCAAAAAAGCAUAUUAAGUAUUUAGCAUCGAAUCCAUCCAGCCUAACGCUUGAAAGCUUAAGCUAGACACCUUCUAAAAAAUCGACAGCAUUUAUAACUACUAGAAAGAACAUUAUAAGGUAAUGGUGGUAAUCCUAGCCUAUAUUAUCAGACAGUGAACAAAACUACUUAUAUGAAUAACAAUUCUAACAUCGAGUUAUUGAUGAACAAAACUGUCUCUUCUAAAGAGAGGUUUAAUCAAUCAUUUUUAUCUCCCACUCCUUACUUAAGAAGCAAAGAUGUUUAAGAGAGAUUACGAGCGUAUCCUAUUAUCAUUGAUAAAAAUGAUUUCGAUCGUAAUUAAGAAUAAAAGGUGAAAGCAUCAAACUUAGUUGCCUAAUGUGGAGAUAUGAUCAAUCACAGUGAGAUAAAGAAAGUUAUUAACUAUCAUGAUUUAAAACGAACCACUGAGAAUUUCUACUAAUAGCAAUUCAUCUAAACUUCAAAUAUACUGCGAGAAAUAGACUUCACAGAGGCAGGAGAUUUAAAGCCUCUUUACAAUUACAAAUUAAGCACGUUGAAGGAGUAGAGAGAUAACGCCAAUGAAGUACUUCAGGAUUUCAAAGACGGAGUCAAUGAUCCUAGUAGAGAGGCUGCUAAGAUCGAGAGAAACUGGUACCUUAAGUAAUAGGCUAAGAACAAGAAAAAAGCUAAUCAAGAUAGUAUUCUACAAAUCAUAUGA